AUGAAGCUCUCUGCUCUCGUUGCCUCGCUCGCCCUCCUUGCAUCCUCUGUCGUCGCGCAGACGGCCGUCACGGUCUCGUACGACCAAACCUACGACAACGUCGACGGUUCAAUGCUCACCGUCGCCUGCUCAGACGGACCCACGGGGCUCGACCCCCCUUAUGAGACGUUUGGCUCCCUGCCCAACUUCCCCUUCAUCGGAGGCGCCGCCGUCGUCACCGGGUGGGGCUCUACGGAGUGCGGUUCCUGCUGGGAGCUGUCCUACACUUCGCCCGAGGGCGUCGAGUCCACUAUCAACGUGCUCGCCAUCGACUACGCCGGCGCCGGAUUCAAUAUCGCGCUCGAGGCGUUGAACGCGCUGACCGAUGGCCAGGCGCAAUUCCUCGGCAGGGUCAAUGCGACGGCCACGUCUGUUGAUGCGGCAGCUUGCGGCUUGUAA